CCCGCCCUGCUGCCUCUCCAUAAUGCUGCUGUCUGGUCGCUGGGUCUUGUGACUCUGUUGUCUUCAUUCAUCAUGCCUGCUGUCCUGAAGUUUACUGUACUGUUGCUGGCCCUCGGCUUUUGCAGGGGGCUGCAGCACAACUACAUCGACGAGGACGCCGAGCCCGUUGUUCAGGCUUCUAAAUACGGCUCCCUGUGGCCUCUGCCGCAGAAAGUGCAGAUCUCAGAGGUUUCAUUCAAGUUGAGCGGCUCCAGCUUCACAAUCGUUGACGCCAAAGAGUCGUCCGCCGGUCCGAGCUGCAUUCUCCUGCAGAACGCGUACAGAAGGUAUUAUGAGUACAUGUUUGGCUUUGCGAAGAAGCAAGGGCCCAGCAAAGGCAGGAGAUCAGGCCCCUCCGAGCUGACUGAGCUGCAGGUGUGGAUCACAUCACCUGACUCUGACUGUGACAGCUACCCCGGUCUCACAUCUGAUGAGUCAUAUGAACUGUCAGUGGAUCUGCCAUUUGCUGUCCUGAAAGCACCAAAGGUCUGGGGAGCCCUGCAUGGUCUGGAAACUUUCAGCCAGUUGGUGUAUGAAGAUGAAUAUGGAGCUAAAAGCAUCAAUUCCACAACAAUCAGUGACUUCCCCCGAUUUGCACACAGAGGCAUCUUACUGGACAGCUCUCGGCAUUUCCUGCCCAUCAAAGUCAUCUUGGCUAAUCUAGAAACAAUGGCGAUGAAUAAAUUCAACGUCUUCCACUGGCACAUCGUCGAUGAUCAGUCCUUCCCCUACCUGAGCCGAACGUUCCCACAGCUGAGCCAGCAGGGGGCUUACCACCCAUACACACAUGUGUAUACGCCUGCUGAUGUGAAGAUGGUGAUUGAGUUUGCCCGUCUGAGAGGCAUUCGCGUCGUCCCAGAGUUCGACACUCCGGGACACACUCAAUCUUGGGGCAAAGGCCAGAAAGAUCUGCUCACUCCCUGCUACUCUGGCGCCGAACCGUCUGGCUCCUUCGGACCAGUAAACCCCAUCCUGAACACCACGUAUGACUUCAUGAACCAGUUUUUCAGGGAGAUCAGCACUGUGUUUCCUGAUGCCUACGUUCACCUGGGAGGUGAUGAGGUGGACUUCACCUGCUGGAAGUCCAACCCGAACAUUAGGAAGUUCAUGGAUGAGCAAGGCUUCGGACAAGACUAUAGCAAGCUGGAAUCAUUCUACAUCCAAAAGCUCUUGGAUAUCGUCACCACUACCAAGAAGGGCUACAUGAUCUGGCAGGAGGUCUUUGACAAUGGUGUUAAGUUGAAACCAGACACACUUAUCCACGUUUGGAAAGGAAACCAGCAGCAAUACCAGAAUGAGAUGGCAAAUGUUACAUCGUCAGGGUACAAGACCCUGCUGUCUACUCCCUGGUACCUGAACCGUAUCUCCUACGGCCAGGACUGGCACGGCCAUUACAAGGCUGACCCGCAGGAUUUCAAGGGAACUGAAGAGCAGAAGAAACUUGUGAUUGGUGGAGAAGCCUGUUUGUGGGGAGAGUACGUGGACGCCACCAACCUGACACCCAGACUCUGGCCACGAGCCAGUGCUGUGGCCGAGCGUCUGUGGAGCUCCAAGGACGUGACUGACAUCAGCGACGCCUUCAACAGACUGUCCAUGCACCGCUGUCGUAUGGUGGAGCGCGGGAUCCCAGCUGAGCCGUUGUUUUCCAGCUACUGUCCCCAUGAGUACAAAGGUAUCUGAAAGCAACUGAAGGGCUGGCCGUGGGGUCAGAAAAGGGAAUCAGAUCCAUAUAUGAUCAACUCCAUGUUUGUAUUUUAAACUAAAAUUAAGUGCUAAUCUGCCUUUGUAGAGACACACUGAAACACAUUAUGCUUUCAAAAUUUGCUCUACAGGACUCUUGAUCACAUCUAAUGUUGUAAACCUCCUGAAUAUAAAGAUGCACUUUUUUUUAAAUGAAUGUUUGUAUAAUUGAUUGUGAAAAAAAAAUGUUGACAUUUAAGGUGCUACCCUGUUGUUCCA